GCCAUCUGCUGCUGCUGCUCUGCGGCGGCGUCUGCUCCCUGGUCGGCGCCCAGUCAGGCAGCGACGCACCUACCGACCUACUGUGGGAGGCGGGCGUGACCUCGGGUCAGCUGGGGGUGGCCAGGGUGGCCGGCAGGUGCGAGCGUCGGCCGCAGCCGGACGGCUCGGCUGCGCCCGACACCGCCUUCAACCUAUCGCCGGACACUAUCGCCAGCGUGCCCACAGCUCAGCUGGCCGGACGGUUUCCGGUGGACUUCUCGAUCCUGACAACACUCAGACCAAAGCAAGGGACCUCGGGCAUAGUGCUGGGCGUCUACAGCAAUGAGGGCGAGGACCAACUGAUGCUUACUGUCGGUGACACUGUGCAGUUGCAAAUUGCCGUCGGUGAUGGAAAAACGCAGACCGUCGACUUCCCGAUGAAUGUCAACGAUGGAAAGUGGCACCGGUUGGCCGUGGCGGUAAAGGGUGACUCGGCCAUACUCUUCUCCGACUGCGGCCAGCCGCUGAGCCAGUCGCUGGAGCGACCGGCUGGCCUCGAGUUCGACACGGGAGGCGUCACCAUCGUGGGCCAGCACCUGCUCGGUAGCCAGCCGUUCCAGGGAGACCUCCAGCAGGUGCUGAUGUCACCGAGUCCGGCAGCCGCUUACGACCAGUGCUCGGAGUUCUCUCCCGACUGCGGGGCGCCGCUGGCCCGGCGUCCGGCACGGGCGCCCCAGUUCACGUCCGACUAUGACGACUACGCCACGUCGCCGGCCGAGGGGGAUGACGCAGAAGAGCCCCAGGAGGGGCCGCCGCUGCCGGCGGGGCCUCCGGAAGAGGGGGCUGGCGGUGACGGCGGUGAAGCGGCGCCGCCUCGGCAGGGGUCACGCGGUCAGCCCGGACCACCCGGACCGCCCGGACCGCAGGGCGAACCGGGCAGAAACGGUCUGCCCGGCAGUAACGGCAUCGCAGGACCGCCCGGCAACAUCUUCAUGAUACCGAUCAACAACGGCAACGGCGAAAAGGGCCCGAACGCGCAGGCCGAGUCGAUGCGACUGAUGCUGAACCAGCAUGUGCGCACGAUGAAGGGCGUGCAGGGUGCACGCGGCAUGCCCGGUCUGCCGGGACCCGUGGGACCCACGGGACCGCCCGGUGUCAAGGGUGAACCCGGCGAGCCCGGCGAGCAGGGUCCGCGGGGUCGGAGGGGCGUGGCUGGACCGGCCGGUCGGAACGGCCGCCGCGGCCCGGCUGGCAGCGACGGAGAGCGCGGCCUGUCCGGCCCGACCGGCGAGAAGGGCGAGCAGGGUCUGCGCGGCCUGCCAGGUCUGCCCGGCGACAAGGGUCACCGCGGCCGGCGCGGCGGACCCGGCAGCCGCGGCCAGCCGGGCCGAGACGGCGCGCGCGGCGAGGAAGGACCGCAGGGCGCUCCGGGCGUGCCCGGCGAGAUGGGCGCCCGCGGCUUCCCAGGUCCGCGUGGCUUCGGCGGCCUGCCGGGCAGCCCCGGCAUCCCCGGCUCCGAGGGCCCCACCGGGCUCAAGGGCAACGCCGGUCCGCCGGGCCAGGCGGGUCCCUCCGGCCAACUGGGGCCACCGGGGCCCCCGGGCACCACCGGACCUCAAGGCUCCGUCGGUCCGACAGGCGCCGCUGGCCAUCCAGGCAAGCAAGGGCUUCAGGGUCUGCCGGGGGCCGAAGGCUCUCCAGGACUUCCGGGACGAAGCGGCACAACAGGCGCCAAGGGCGACAAUGGACUCCCCGGCGCCCAGGGUGCCGUCGGCUUUCCUGGAAGCAGAGGCAUGAAGGGAGACAUGGGAGCGCGAGGAGCCUCCGGAGAUAAGGGUGAAAAGGGAGAUCUAGGAUCGGACGGAUACAAAGGCGACAUGGGAGAAAAGGGAGAGCGAGGCGAGACGGGCCCGCAGGGCAUCCCGGGCCUCGAGGGACCGGAGGGAGCAAAGGGGUUCGAAGGUCCUCGCGGCGAAGUCGGACCGAUUGGCCUGCCCGGCGACAAGGGCAAGCUGGGCGCACCUGGCUUCCAGGGCUACCCGGGCGCGCCGGGCGAGAAGGGCGACAAGGGCGGCGAGGGCCGCACCGGCGAGACGGGCGCCAAGGGCGAGCACGGCCCAGACGGCAUCCCCGGCGAACGCGGCGAGCGCGGACCCAGGGGCUUCCGUGGCUCGCGCGGCCGCCGCGGUGCCCGCGGUCCCAUCGGGCCCAAGGGCGACACGGGCCAGCCGGGUCCGCCGGGGCCCCACGGCGAGCAGGGGCUGCUGGGCCCCGAGGGUCCGCGCGGCCACCAGGGUCAGCAGGGUCCGCCGGGCACCGACGGGAAGGACGGCGUGCCGGGAUCACCUGGGGAGCGAGGACAGCAGGGCGAGCCGGGCCCGCCAGGGCCGAAGGGUCCCGGCGGCGUGGUGGGCCCGCCCGGCCCCAUGGGCGAGCCGGGCCCCAACGGCGACUACGGCUCACCGGGACCUCCCGGGCCCCCGGGCGAGGGCGGACGGCCCGGUGCCGCAGGCAAGGAAGGCCCGCUCGGCCUGAUCGGACCUCAGGGCAAGACCGGCGCCAUCGGCUCUCCCGGUCUGCCCGGCUUCCCCGGCGAACGGGGCCUGGCCGGCUUGCCGGGUCUGCAAGGCCUGAAAGGCGGACUGGGUCCAGCAGGCAUCCAGGGAGUGCAAGGAGACAAGGGCCAAAUGGGUCCGUCCGGAAAAGAGGGACCUCCAGGCCCCCAAGGGUCUGUUGGGCUUACCGGAGGUCAAGGACCGGCUGGAACCAAGGGAGACCAAGGCGCCUCGGGCCUGCCGGGAGCUACCGGCCGAGACGGCCUACCCGGCCUGCGGGGCAUGCAGGGCGCGCCGGGCCCGCUCGGUGCCCCGGGCGAGCACGGAGAGAAGGGCGAGAUGGGGCCGGCCGGCGAAAAGGGUCACCAGGGCCAGCGCGGGGAAACGGGUCUGGCGGGGCCUACGGGCCCGAUUGGGGCCCGCGGCGAGCCCGGGCCCCCAGGCUCGCCCGGCGAACGGGGCCUUAUCGGCGAGAUGGGCCGACCGGGCCGCAAGGGCGAGACGGGCCCGCAGGGCAGACUGGGCGUGCCAGGGGCCGCCGGCCGCCAGGGACUGCCCGGAACGCCCGGCCAGAAGGGCAGCACCGGCGACCGCGGCAAGAAAGGUCCGGUGGGGCCGCGCGGUCAGCCUGGCGAGGUGGGCAAGACCGGCAGUGUCGGCCCGGAGGGUCUGCCCGGGCCUCUGGGUGCCGAGGGUCUGCAGGGCGCCAAGGGCGAGCCGGGCAACACGGGCCCACCCGGCCCCACGGGCCGUGACGGCAAGCACGGCGGGCCCGGCCGGCACGGCCAGAAGGGCGAGCAGGGCCUGACCGGCCUGCAGGGACCGCCCGGCAAGCGGGGCCCGCCCGGCCGCGAGGGGCCCAAGGGCAGUCCUGGCAACGAGGGCUUCCCCGGACCGCCUGGCGAAUCGGGCGUUCAGGGCACCAAGGGCGAGCCGGGUCUGCCUGGCCAGGACGGCAAGCUGGGACCCACCGGGCCGCCCGGGGACGCGGGGCCCAGAGGCGAGGCUGGCUUAGAUGGAGGGCCCGGCAAACCGGGUCCAGAGGGUCCUGCUGGACCUCAAGGAAGCGAAGGACUUGCUGGCCAGAAAGGAAACCAAGGCAUGGACGGUCCCGGGGGACCGCCGGGCCCUGUUGGACCCAGCGGUCUGCCGGGACCUGAGGGACCUCCAGGCAUCCGCGGCUCGCCCGGACCAGCGGGAGAGGGCGGUGCUACGGGAACGGUCGGCGAGGUGGGCCCGCCGGGAUCGCCGGGCGAGACUGGCCCGCCGGGCAGGCAGGGUCGCCGCGGCCGACCCGGGCAGAAGGGUCAUCGGGGCGAGAUCGGCCUGCCCGGCAAGGAGGGCGAGCUCGGCGAGAAGGGGGAGCCCGGCAUGAGGGGUCUGCCCGGACUGCCCGGCCUCAAGGGAGAACCGGGCCCGCUGGGCCCGGCGAGCAUGAAGGGCGACCCGGGGCCGCAGGGCCUGCCGGGCGUGGAGGGUCCGGUGGGCGAGAAGGGCAGCGAGGGCCCAGCCGGUAACAAGGGCGACCGUGGUCGGCCGGGCCCGGCCGGACCGCCUGGGCCGCCCGGCGAGCAACCAGUCAUACCGCCGGAGCUGCUCUUCCAGCGCUCCACCACCAAGGGCGUGGUCAGAAAGCGGCGGCAGACAGCGGAAGGGGUGGUGACGAAAGACAACAGCCAGUUCUCCUCCAAGCUGCUCGACAUGUACAGCAGUAUAUAUGCCAUGCGCCAAGACCUAGAGAGGAUCAAAAAGCCGAUCGGCACUCGGGAUAACCCAGUGCGAACAUGCCGGGACCUGUUCUACGGUCAUCCACAGUUCGGCGAUGGCUGGUACUGGAUUGAUCCCAACUUGGGAAUGCCGGAUGAUGCCAUAUUUGUCUUCUGCAACAUCACGAGUUCGGGUGAAACAUGCGUCUAUCCAGACGCCCACACCAGCAAGAUAACCAACAUUCCAUGGCGUAAGACUUCUGAACAGGCCCACUGGUUCUCGACCCUUCGGGGCGGCUUCAAGAUGACGUACGAGUCGAUAGGCCCCGUGCAGAUGACAUUCCUGCGGUUGCUAUCGGAGCAAGGCCGUCAAAACUUCACCUACACCUGUGUUAACUCGGCCGCUUGGUACGACGCGAACACGAAAAACCACGACAAAAGUGUUCAGUUCUUGGGAUCGUCCGGGGCGAUCUUCAGCAAGUCGAGAAACUCAAGAAGUAUUAGCGUGGCGGAGGAUGGGUGCAGGUGGAAGCGCGGCUCCAGCCGCACCGUGCUGGAGCUGACUUCGACCGACUUGCGCCAGUUGCCGAUUGAGGACUUCCUCCCGGUCGACUACGGCGUGCCAAGCCAGGCGUUUGGGUUCGAGGUGGGACCGCUCUGCGUGAAGUGAGCGGCGCCGGUCCGGGCCGAACCGCCCCGGGGAACGGAGGCGCCGCAGGUGGCGCUGCAGAACACAUCACGGUCGGCUGUGCACUGGGACACGAGGCGGCGGUGGGUGGCGGCGCUGCGCCCAGCGCGCAGGCCGCCACGCGCCACGCGGGGUGCGGCGGGUGCAGUGCUCGGCGAUAGUUGAGGUCUGGGCUGCAGACCAGCCUUAGGUAGGCAUAAUGCAUCCUUGUAAGUUAAGGCAUUGUUAGGAUUCCACUCAGGGAGUGGAGUGUGCCAUAAUGUUUUGUCAUCGCUAGGAUAAGAGCACAAGUACUGCCAUUUUUAAGAAAGUCAAUAAAAAUACGCAACGCUGAA